AUGGUCGCAGAGGAGGAAGCCGUGGCCUUGAGACAACGAUUGUCCCAGAAUGCGACGGUCAUCCAUUCAAAGGAUGCGUCAGCUCUGGAUGAGGCAAACCAGCAGCUGUUACUUCAGCCGCUGGUGAAGCAAACUCCUUCCCUGUUAGUUUACGUCGCAGAAGAGAAUGACGUGCUCGAGGUUCUGCGCUUUUGCUACCUGCGUCGCUUGCGCCCUGUGCUGGUGGCAACUGGGCAUGAUUGGAAUGGUCGAUCAUCGGGUGCUGGGGCUGUGCGCAUCGCCACGCCGAGACUUUGUUGGGUGCACGUUGAUGGCGAUCGGGCACGAGUCGGUGCGGGAUGCACUUGGGGACACAUCUGGAAGGAGCUGGAACCAUUGGGGCACAUCGGCGUGGGCGGGGCGCUGGGCACAGUUUCAAUCGGAGGAUCUUUGCAGGGUGGAGGCCACGGUGGGCUUUCAAGGCAGCAUGGACUGAUAGCCGACCAGCUGCUUGCUGCACGGGUGGCUCUCUCAAACGGUUCAGGAGUCGUUGUGGCGGAUGCGCAUGGUCCACAUGCAGAUCUUUUUCGGGCACUGCGUGGGGGUGGGGGUGGCACGUACGGCGCGGUAGUGGAGUUCACCAUCCGGAUUCAUCCCUUUCCCAAGAGCUAUGCCGUGUCGUCGAUCGCACUGCCUUUGCGCAGCAACGGCAGCACACCGAGCGCGCGGGAUGUGACCGAGCGCUUUUUUCACAACGCGAGCUGGUGGGCACUGGUUCCUGACUCCUGGGCGGGGUGGCAUGAGGUGAACACAGAUCAUGAUGGUGAGAAGUGGAGCGGCAGUCUUGCGGCGUGGCUCUUCCACUGGGGGCAAGACCCCGACGAGGCAUGCCUCUCCAGCGGAUGCCCAGCAGCAAUGUCCGAAUACUUCCACUUCGUGGGAUCCUGGCCUGUCGCGGCAAGCUUGCACAUGCAGAUCCAGGCGUACUUGCCGCGGCGAGUGGAAGCCACCAAGCUGAAGAACUCGUUCAUAUCGAACACUUUUGUUUCGCUCACCGACUUGCAGGACAAAGCAAGCAAUCUAACAGACUUGGUUAUCAACUCUGCAUUGGAUGCUCUCGAUCGAAAGGAGGUGAUACACUGGACGUACAACGAUGUCCUUGGUGGCCAAAUUCCUACGUAUGGGCCGGAGACAGUAAUAUCUUCCGGCUUCCGCAGUGCCAUCUUUGAGAUCUGUGUUGGUAAAGAAUGGCCGGGCUCGAACAACGACCAGCAGAUCCAGCAAAUCAUGCCCGUUGUGGAGCAGCUGUACAAGUUGAGGCUAGGAUCUGACAUGUCUUACUACAACGAGGUCACCCAUUGGAGCGGCCUUCACGAAAUAAACGACUGGAGGCAGCGAUUCUGGGGUUCUGAGAACUACGAUUUUCUCCACAGGGUGAAGAGCACCUAUGACCCCUGCAAUAUCCUCUGGGUGGAUCGCGGUGUGGGAUCGGAAGAUCCCAAGAUGACUUGCUAG